AUGUUUGUGCAUUUAAAUGAAGAUAUCUUCAUCGAAAACAGGAACUACCUAGGAACAGAAUGGACAGGUCGACAGGUAAAGAUACAGGAGCCUGUCUCGCGCGCCAUCAUGCUGUUCGUUGGGUCGCGAUAACGUGGGCGAAAGCGACCUCAUCAACGAAAAUUUUAUAUUUUCGAAAGGUGA